CUGGGGUCCUAUUCUUGUUGUUUCACAAAACUUCAAUGUGCUGAAGUGGGAGACUGAACUGAAAUGCUGGUGUCCUGCUUUGAAAACUCUUCUGUAUCUUGGGAAUCCAGAAGAGCUUUUUAAUAAAAGACAGGAAUGGACUGACCCCAACAACUUUAAUGUAUGUAUUGCCUCCUGCAAGCAGUUCUUUACAGACUAUGAAGCAUUCAUGAAAAUACAGUGGAGGUACCUAGUUGUAGAUGAGAGGCAGAAUGGUAAUAAUCUGACAGAGAAGCACUGGGAUGCAAUAUUCAGUCUCUGGAGUCAGCAUCGCUUACUCGUGAUGGACACACUCCUGCCUACUGCCUUAAAAGAUCUGUGGGCCCUUGCCUGUUUCCUGAUCCCAGGGAUUUCUCAGUCCUAUCUGGAUUUUACAAAGGUAGCAUCUGUGGAGGGGAAUGAGGAUGAUAACCAGAGAGUGGCAACGAGUCUGGAGAGAGUAGUGCAGUCAUUUGUUUUGCGGAGAUCCAGAAUUCAGGUUGAGGAGCAGUUACCAAGGAAGUAUGAGCACGUGCUGACAUGUACUCUUUCUGAUCGGCAGAAGUCGGUGUAUAAAAACAUCUUGUCUCAACCCAGAACUCAAGAGUGUCUUAGAAGUGGGCAGUUUGACAGUGUCCUCCAUGUUGUGACUCAGCUGCUGAGAGUGUGUAACCAUCCUGACCUCAUCAGUCCCCGGCCUCCGAGUUCUUCUGUUGUAUUAGACACACUGGAGUUCACAACUGCUUCUCUGGUGCUGGAUGCAUUAGGAUGGGAUCUUUGGAAGCAUGCAGACUGGUCUCUCUUUGAUGUGAUUGGGAUGGAAAACCAAAUGACUUGCUACGAAGCUCAGAUACUGCCAAAACUGAAGGUAACUAGGGAGCUUAUUGAAGAGAUCUUCUGUUCUCCUUCAUCACCCAGACUUGAGCCAAUGAAGCUCAAACCAAAUAGGUUAUUUACACCAGUGCAGUAUGGGCAGAAACCUGAAGGUAGGACUAGAGACUUCUCAAGGUGUCAGCUGCAGCAGACAAUGGACACAGCAACAGUUCUGUCAGAUCAUCAUGAGAAAAAUCAGCAUGGGAAAGUCUUAACAGCCAGCAAGAUGGUACUCAGCCCAAUGGCUUCCACAGCUGGAGCACAAGAGAGAACUGCUCAACCAGGGAAGCCUGUAACAUUACAGUUUAGAGGGAAAACAUUUACUUUGUCAGACAGUCAGUUCUGUCAGCUUAUUGGUGGACAGUCUCUGAAGCAUCAAGUGGAUGACCUGAAUACUGAAUCAAGAUCAGUAUCUACACUUUUAUGUCCAACUCAGGGUAUGAUAGAAGAAAAAAGACAACUGAAGGAACACCUGGACAAAAUAUACUUUGGUAAUGAGCAUCGUUGUUCCAGAACCCCCCUGUAUGGCAGAGACUUGUUGGAAAUCUGCUCUUUGAUCAGUAAAAGGAAAAGCUCUCAGCAUUAUUCUGCUGGGACUAACAAAUGGGGCUGGGCUGGCUUUGCAAACUGUCUUCCACAUUCCAGUACUUCAGAGGUUCUAAAGGACCCAUUGCAAGAACUCCUCCUGAUGUUGAAGCAGCAGCAGAGGACACUGAAGGAGGUUGUUACUAGAGCUCUGUGUGUAUUGCCAGCUGUAGCUGUUGCUCCUCCACAUCUGUAUGUAGCAAAUCCUCCUCGGACAUACACUCAUGCCAUGAAGGUCUUGAAGUGUAAUCUAGAGAACCAGCUGCUGCCCUGCUCCCCUGCAGCACAGCAGAUGUCAAGGCCUCCCUUUCUGCAGUUCCCAGCCCCCCAGCUGGUGCAGCGGGAUUCAGGCAAGAUGGAAGCUCUGGCUAUCUUGCUUCAGGAGCUGAAAGCAAGAGGACAUCGUGUGUUGAUUUUGACGCAGAUGGUUCCCAUGCUUGAUCUACUGGAGCUUUUCUUGAACUUCCAUUUUCUCACAUACAUAAGAGUUAAUGAGAGUGGUGCUCACAGUUGGCCUUGUCUGGAAUCCAUAAAAAAAUUCAACCAAGACAAGCGAGUCUUCUGUGCUAUCCUUUCUUCCCACACUCCUUCCACAGGUGUCAGCCAUGUAGAUGCCAACACUCUUGUCUUCUAUGACACUGAUUUAGAUCCACUGAUGGACACAAAGGCUAAAGAGUGGUGUGCUAAAAUUGCAAGAGACAGAGACAUUCACAUAUACAGGCUUAUAAGUGGUAAUUCUGUUGAAGAGAGGCUGUUGAAAAAAGGUAUUAAACAUCUGAUGCAAGAAGUGGCUGCUCAGGGAGAUGACUGUUCAACAGAUUUGUUAACUCAGGUUCUUCAUGUUGAAUAUGGAAAAGAGGACUCCAGGAAGUUUACAGAAGAGACACAAUCUGAGAUAAGAGAUGACAUAGAUUCAGAGUUGCAUGAUUCAAGAAAUACCAUGGUUCCUUCACAGUUAGAACAGUUGGUUAGCUUAGUUAGCCAGCUUAAGCCAAUUGAAAAGUAUGCAUUGAAUUUCUUGGAAUCGUUUCAUAGUUUGAAUGAUCAAAAAAGCCAGAAAGUCAACAAGGAGUUAAAAACUGCAAACACGAAAUGGGAAUAUCAGCCUGCCAAGGAACUGGAAAAGGCAGAAGAAAAGUGUCAGCAGGAAGUGAAAGAGGAACUCUUAACCUAUACCAGAGAAGAUGCUUAUAACAUGGAAUUUGUUUGUGAAGGCCCAGAUGGAGAAAUAGAAAUAAUGCCUCUUUGGACUCCCCCUGUUGUACCUGAGAAUCUUGAUGCUUUCUACACAGAUCCUGUUCUGUGCCUGAUGUAUAGUAGGACCCCAAUUCCAGAGCCACAGCUUCCACCCCUGCUUGUCAGGAGGGCAGGGAAGAGGCAGAGAACAGAUUUGUUGUCUUUAGGUGAGAGAAAGAAGCAUUGCCAUAGAAGGGUGGUUGUUCCUCCACCUUCGCUUUUCAGUCAAGUGACUCCAAGGACGUUGAAAACACAACAGAAGAGCAAAGCUCAGAAGACUCUGCUCUGGGUAAAACAGCAAAACUGUUUUGCAAGACCUUUGUCAGCUCUCAUCAAGUCAUCUGCUGACACCGAGCGAGAUAGUCCUGCAUGGCUAGUUGCUGAAGACUUGGCACUGUUAAAAGCAGUGAAACAGCUACGGGUGCUUCCUAUAAACCUUGCACGUGUGUCACCAGCACAGACAGCAAACUGGGACUUUGUCAGUGACGUCGUGAGCUCCUGUCGCUACUUGUAUCGCUCCCCAGAGCAAUGCCAAAAUCAUUACACCAAAGCAUUUGCAGGCCCAAAAGGAAAGGACAUAGGUGGCUGGCCUCUUCGUGUUAGACAAGCCUGUGCUGAAGACCAGAAUUCUGAGCGAACUCAGAUCUAUCUGAAUCACUUUGAAUUGAUGACAAGGACUGCUAGAAAAACAAGUUCCUCCAAUAGUGCAGACAACUAUGUCAAGCUACUACCUGUAUCUGAAGUUGUUCCCAUCUGUGUGGAGCCUCUGAUGAGGCAGGAAAAGGCACUGACUGAAGAACAAAUAGCUCCACAACCGCAGGAGCACCAGCCUGGUCAGAGGCAGGAAGAGGAACAAGCAGUGGAGCAAAUCCAAACCCAGUGUCAACCAGCAGGGGAAACACAGGCUUCAGGACGUACACCCUCUCCAGCUGCAGCUGUCUUACAGCAGGUGCCUGUGGUACCCCCCAUUCUGGAACAGCUGGAGCCCACACCCCCCAGGCAGUUUUUUCAAGCAGAAGCUUUUGUCAGCAUCACUCGUCACCAUCACUGACAACUGUGCAGAUGCUUUUGGUGACUCUGCUUGUAUCAGGCAGGAGCACCAGCCGCCUCCUUUCCCCCGCCCGUCCCGCAUCUCCUUUGCCCCGUGAGGCGUUUGUCCCGCGUGCUCCAGACAAGCAACACCCCGCUCCCCUGCCACUCGGCGAGUUGUACCUGCUGCUUUUCGCACUAAAUCUUGAAGAAAACCGCGUUCUGACGGCCGAGCCUUGAGUCCCGCCCUCUGGGAAGGCCACUACCCUCCCCUACCAGCACUACAAUAAAAGUCGCUUCUCCCU